AUGGACCCUUUCAACAAGCUGCCACCAGAGCUCCGUCUGCAAAUCUUCGCCAGGCUUCGUUACAGGGGCUCUAUAUUGCAGUUAGUCCAGGCCUCGCCAGUCAUGCUCGAACAAUACGCCACAUCGAAAGAAUACAUCACACGGACAUUGUUUUACUUCGAUCUCGAUAAAAUAAUGAUACAUGACGCUAUGGGAAUUAUUCUAUUUCCCUCCCGCGAAGGCUGCGGUUUCUUGAAGCGCAUGGAAUUAACCCGCCGCCAUAUUGACGUAUGGACAGCAAGAAAACUCCCUAAUCCCUUUGAGAAUCAUGACCGCAGACUCAUCGACGAGCUGGACAAGUUACAUGACCGACUACUACUGUGCAUACAAGACUACCUUACUAAGGCCGCUACUGAUGACCUUCUACCUCCGGAGUAUGGCCUUCUUCCUGAUAUAUCAUCAGUCCGAAGCUUUUUGGCAGUGAAGGGUCAGACAGUCAGUACCGGAUCCAACGUGGUCAAUCUUACAAGGCCAGAGCGGAAGCACCUUUUGAGAAUCUUUUUACGUCAUGAGCUUUCACGUACGAUCUGA